GACAACACCGGCCGUAACCACAUUUACCACUGGCACUCUAUCCACCAGUCCAGCAAUUACUACACCAUGUGCUCAUACUACUAUCGAAAUGGAGCAAAAUAGUCAGAAUAUCGAAAUCACAGUUUUGAACAAAACAAUGAAAUACGGUGGAGAUGCAUUGAUAAGUGAAUUAGAACUUGAUGAUAACACGGAGACUGUUAUGGCAGCACUAAAAGAUACAGAAGCCGCUGAUAACCCUGUGUUUAAAGUUUUCUUCGUUACCUAUAACACUGAUGAAGUAAUAGUUGAAUUACGGACUAACACCGGAAAUACUGUAGGGGAGUCAAAGGUGCGUCCAGAUCAACCGACAGGAACGGUUACGGUGAAUUUUAACGGCACAAAAGGUCACGAAAUCGUUAUUUCGUUGAAAAAGGGCGACGACAAACAAGAGAAAAUGAAAAUUUCAAAACUGAAGAUAGAGGCAUGUUUUGAAUCAACAGCAUGUAUAUUAACGAUCGUAACAAGCAUAAAUGCCAAGGAAUAUGUGUUGCUUACCGAUAGCGACGGAGAAUAUUCGUCACCAUUGGCUUCCGGUAACCUAGCAGGAGCUGCACGAAACUCUGACAACCAAGUGGAACUGACACUACACUUCCAGAGCGCAACCUUAUAUACCUUAUCUGUGACUUUUGCUGAACUUAACUAUACUGUGAUGUAUCAGGAUAAACCACUCAUGACUUCGACGUUUUCAUCCGAUAACACAUCAAAUGACAUUCACUUUGACGGCAAAAUUACAAAUAUGAACGAAUUGGUAUUCUUGAUAUCACCUGCUACUGAUGGAAGUGAGCCUAUAUUCCAAAUAACUAAAAUAGUUGGUUGCAUGGAAAAACAAGAGGUAACCACAACCAUUGGUACACAGAUAACAACACCAGUGACAGGGGAAACAACUGUCACUACAUCAUCAACAAGACGUUCAGCGCCUACAACGACAACACCGGCCGUAACCACAUUUACCACUGGCACUCUAUCCACCAGUCCAGCAAUUACUACACCAUGUGCUCAUACUACUAUCGAAAUGGAGCAAAAUAGUCAGAAUAUCGAAAUCACAGUUUUGAACAAAACAAUGAAAUACGGUGGAGAUGCAUUGAUAAGUGAAUUAGAACUUGAUGAUAACACGGAGACUGUUAUGGCAGCACUAAAAGAUACAGAAGCCGCUGAUAACCCUGUGUUUAAAGUUUUCUUCGUUACCUAUAACACUGAUGAAGUAAUAGUUGAAUUACGGACUAACACCGGAAAUACUGUAGGGGAGUCAAAGGUGCGUCCAGAUCAACCGACAGGAACGGUUACGGUGAAUUUUAACGGCACAAAAGGUCACGAAAUCGUUAUUUCGUUGAAAAAGGGCGACGACAAACAAGAGAAAAUGAAAAUUUCAAAACUGAAGAUAGAGGCAUGUUUUGAAUCAACAGCAUGUAUAUUAACGAUCGUAACAAGCAUAAAUGCCAAGGAAUAUGUGUUGCUUACCGAUAGCGACGGAGAAUAUUCGUCACCAUUGGCUUCCGGUAACCUAGCAGGAGCUGCACGAAACUCUGACAACCAAGUGGAACUGACACUACACUUCCAGAGCGCAACCUUAUAUACCUUAUCUGUGACUUUUGCUGAACUUAACUAUACUGUGAUGUAUCAGGAUAAACCACUCAUGACUUCGACGUUUUCAUCCGAUAACACAUCAAAUGACAUUCACUUUGACGGCAAAAUUACAAAUAUGAACGAAUUGGUAUUCUUGAUAUCACCUGCUACUGAUGGAAGUGAGCCUAUAUUCCAAAUAACUAAAAUAGUUGGUUGCAUGGAAAAACAAGAGGUAACCACAACCAUUGGUACACAGAUAACAACACCAGUGACAGGGGAAACAACUGUCACUACAUCAUCAACAAGACGUUCAGCGCCUACAACGACAACACCGGCCGUAACCACAUUUACCACUGGCACUCUAUCCACCAGUCCAGCAAUUACUACACCAUGUGCUCAUACUACUAUCGAAAUGGAGCAAAAUAGUCAGAAUAUCGAAAUCACAGUUUUGAACAAAACAAUGAAAUACGGUGGAGAUGCAUUGAUAAGUGAAUUAGAACUUGAUGAUAACACGGAGACUGUUAUGGCAGCACUAAAAGAUACAGAAGCCGCUGAUAACCCUGUGUUUAAAGUUUUCUUCGUUACCUAUAACACUGAUGAAGUAAUAGUUGAAUUACGGACUAACACCGGAAAUACUGUAGGGGAGUCAAAGGUGCGUCCAGAUCAACCGACAGGAACGGUUACGGUGAAUUUUAACGGCACAAAAGGUCACGAAAUCGUUAUUUCGUUGAAAAAGGGCGACGACAAACAAGAGAAAAUGAAAAUUUCAAAACUGAAGAUAGAGGCAUGUUUUGAAUCAACAGCAUGUAUAUUAACGAUCGUAACAAGCAUAAAUGCCAAGGAAUAUGUGUUGCUUACCGAUAGCGACGGAGAAUAUUCGUCACCAUUGGCUUCCGGUAACCUAGCAGGAGCUGCACGAAACUCUGACAACCAAGUGGAACUGACACUACACUUCCAGAGCGCAACCUUAUAUACCUUAUCUGUGACUUUUGCUGAACUUAACUAUACUGUGAUGUAUCAGGAUAAACCACUCAUGACUUCGACGUUUUCAUCCGAUAACACAUCAAAUGACAUUCACUUUGACGGCAAAAUUACAAAUAUGAACGAAUUGGUAUUCUUGAUAUCACCUGCUACUGAUGGAAGUGAGCCUAUAUUCCAAAUAACUAAAAUAGUUGGUUGCAUGGAAAAACAAGAGGUAACCACAACCAUUGGUACACAGAUAACAACACCAGUGACAGGGGAAACAACUGUCACUACAUCAUCAACAAGACGUUCAGCGCCUACAACGACAACACCGGCCGUAACCACAUUUACCACUGGCACUCUAUCCACCAGUCCAGCAAUUACUACACCAUGUGCUCAUACUACUAUCGAAAUGGAGCAAAAUAGUCAGAAUAUCGAAAUCACAGUUUUGAACAAAACAAUGAAAUACGGUGGAGAUGCAUUGAUAAGUGAAUUAGAACUUGAUGAUAACACGGAGACUGUUAUGGCAGCACUAAAAGAUACAGAAGCCGCUGAUAACCCUGUGUUUAAAGUUUUCUUCGUUACCUAUAACACUGAUGAAGUAAUAGUUGAAUUACGGACUAACACCGGAAAUACUGUAGGGGAGUCAAAGGUGCGUCCAGAUCAACCGACAGGAACGGUUACGGUGAAUUUUAACGGCACAAAAGGUCACGAAAUCGUUAUUUCGUUGAAAAAGGGCGACGACAAACAAGAGAAAAUGAAAAUUUCAAAACUGAAGAUAGAGGCAUGUUUUGAAUCAACAGCAUGUAUAUUAACGAUCGUAACAAGCAUAAAUGCCAAGGAAUAUGUGUUGCUUACCGAUAGCGACGGAGAAUAUUCGUCACCAUUGGCUUCCGGUAACCUAGCAGGAGCUGCACGAAACUCUGACAACCAAGUGGAACUGACACUACACUUCCAGAGCGCAACCUUAUAUACCUUAUCUGUGACUUUUGCUGAACUUAACUAUACUGUGAUGUAUCAGGAUAAACCACUCAUGACUUCGACGUUUUCAUCCGAUAACACAUCAAAUGACAUUCACUUUGACGGCAAAAUUACAAAUAUGAACGAAUUGGUAUUCUUGAUAUCACCUGCUACUGAUGGAAGUGAGCCUAUAUUCCAAAUAACUAAAAUAGUUGGUUGCAUGGAAAAACAAGAGGUAACCACAACCAUUGGUACACAGAUAACAACACCAGUGACAGGGGAAACAACUGUCACUACAUCAUCAACAAGACGUUCAGCGCCUACAACGACAACACCGGCCGUAACCACAUUUACCACUGGCACUCUAUCCACCAGUCCAGCAAUUACUACACCAUGUGCUCAUACUACUAUCGAAAUGGAGCAAAAUAGUCAGAAUAUCGAAAUCACAGUUUUGAACAAAACAAUGAAAUACGGUGGAGAUGCAUUGAUAAGUGAAUUAGAACUUGAUGAUAACACGGAGACUGUUAUGGCAGCACUAAAAGAUACAGAAGCCGCUGAUAACCCUGUGUUUAAAGUUUUCUUCGUUACCUAUAACACUGAUGAAGUAAUAGUUGAAUUACGGACUAACACCGGAAAUACUGUAGGGGAGUCAAAGGUGCGUCCAGAUCAACCGACAGGAACGGUUACGGUGAAUUUUAACGGCACAAAAGGUCACGAAAUCGUUAUUUCGUUGAAAAAGGGCGACGACAAACAAGAGAAAAUGAAAAUUUCAAAACUGAAGAUAGAGGCAUGUUUUGAAUCAACAGCAUGUAUAUUAACGAUCGUAACAAGCAUAAAUGCCAAGGAAUAUGUGUUGCUUACCGAUAGCGACGGAGAAUAUUCGUCACCAUUGGCUUCCGGUAACCUAGCAGGAGCUGCACGAAACUCUGACAACCAAGUGGAACUGACACUACACUUCCAGAGCGCAACCUUAUAUACCUUAUCUGUGACUUUUGCUGAACUUAACUAUACUGUGAUGUAUCAGGAUAAACCACUCAUGACUUCGACGUUUUCAUCCGAUAACACAUCAAAUGACAUUCACUUUGACGGCAAAAUUACAAAUAUGAACGAAUUGGUAUUCUUGAUAUCACCUGCUACUGAUGGAAGUGAGCCUAUAUUCCAAAUAACGAAAAUAGUUGGUUGCAUGGAAAAACAAGAGGUAACCACAACCAUUGGUACACAGAUAACAACACCAGUGACAGGGGAAACAACUGUCACUACAUCAUCAACAAGACGUUCAGCGCCUACAACGACAACACCGGCCGUAACCACAUUUACCACUGGAACGAUAACACAACCAACGACCACAGCCACCCCGUCUACAUCUUUAUUGACUACAACAGCGGGAACAUCUACUACCGGAACAGUGUCAACUACUGUGUCUUUGACUACAAAAACUUCCAUGUUAACAUCAUCAGUAAUAACGACACUAACACCAACAAUAAUGACCAGCACUGCCUCAACAACUACAGUCGCAACUACAACUGAAGGUCUGAAGUAUUGUCGAUUAGACGGAUUGUCAUUGCAAGCUCACCUAGGAUAUCAGAACUUUGUUUCGGAUAACGAUGCUAAAUUUGGAUACAUUAUAAAGGAUGGUGUUCAAGAAACUGUGUCUGUAGGUGAUACCAUUAUGGAAGGAGAAGUUGUUCAUUUCUACUGCCUUAACUGCACAUGUGCAGUUGAUCAAUGGGAAUGCUCCCCUAAAACUGAGCCAUGUUCGUGUUCGUACUAUUCCUGGACAGAAUGGUCACAGUGUGACAAAGAGUGUGACACUGGAAUUCGCAAUAGAACAAGACAACUGAUUCCUGGACAGUAUGACGAAACCUGUGACGAGGAGGUACCACAAACUGAAGAGUGUUACAACACACCAUGUGUAUCUACAACGACGGAACCGGCCUGGAGCCCUUGGAGUAUUUGCAACGCUGGUAAUUGUACAAUGGGCACGCAGACUCGAACACGAUGUGAAUAUCCCGAUGAAAGAUGUAAAGAGGAAAAAACAUGCAGCUUAAACAAUACCAACUGCGAUUGUGUGGAUGGAAAAGAAUUGAAACCAUUCUGUGAUAACGCUUGUAACAGCACAUGCAAAGCAUACAGAAGCAAUCAAUGCGAGGAGAGUGAAUAUUGUGGCAUGACUUGCGUAUGCAAAGAAGGGACUACUGAACACAAUGGUCAGUGUAUAGAAUUCAAAAAUUGUCCGUGUUUUGAUGACGAUGGAACACCAAUGAUACAGAACACUACAAAAAUAUACAAAGAUACCUGCGAAGAAUGUACCUGCACAGAGAAUGGAAUGGAUUGUAAAACUCAGGAAAAUUGCUGCGUGCAUAAUCCCUGGUCGUCAUGGUCUGUGUGUUUUAAUGACAAAAUGUGUGGAUAUGGAAAAAGAAAACGUGUCAGUGAUAAGCUGUACGGUGGACCUGAAUGUAAACAGGAAAUACAGACCGAAGACUGUACAAUGCCGACACCAUGUGGACAAUGUGUAUAUGAUGGCAAAAUAUAUAACGAUACAGACGUGAUUGAAGAAAACAAUGAACUUUGUUACAAGAGAUUAUGUAACAAUGGAUCUAUACAAAAGGUCGACAUAGAUGGAACUGAUGGCGGUUUUGAUGAGUGGACUCAGUGGGGUUCAUGUUCAGCUACACCGAUGAUUUGCAGUGGAACAAGAGAGCGGAGUAGACAGUGUAACAACCCUAAACCAUCAUGUGGCAAAUUGUGUGAAGGACCGUAUACUGAAACGCAAGAAUGCGAGUCAAACUACUGUUGUGAAAUUACUCAGUGGUCACCAUGGACGAACUGCUCUGCGGAAUGCAACAGUGGAUUCAGGAACCGCACGCGUUCUCUAGUAAAGCCCGAUGACGCAGAGUAUUGUUCUAAGCCACUGACACAGACGGAAGCGUGUAAUAUUCAAAGCUGCGAAACUAAUUGUACGGUUUCUGAAUGGAACGACUGGUCAUCAUGCAGUGUGACAUGUGGAUCAGGAACCAAAUCCAGGACUCGAGAAAUCAUAAGUGAUACAGAUGUUGAUUGUCCAAAGCUGAAUGAGACAGACGACUGUUAUCUGGAAGAUUGUAAAUGUGAUACCAAUGAAUACUUUACCAAUACAUCUGGCUGUGAAAAAACAUGUGACAACAGAUUCGAAAAAAUUCAAUGUGAUGGUCCUCCCGCUUGUGAGUGCAAGCCUAAUUACGUACGAAAGGACGGGAAAUGUGUACAUAAAGAUGAAUGCGAUUAUUGUGUAUUUGCGGACGGCACUAAAGUAAAGGAAGGAGAAGAAUUUGAGAAUCCAUUAAACAAAUGCGAAAGAUGCAUAUGCGAGAAAGGAGAAGCAAUAUGUAGCAGCAAAUGUAAUGAACCAUCUGAGUGUAUGGAGGGUGAGAUUAAAGUGCUGGAUGAAGAUGGUUGCUGCCAUGUAUGCAAGAAAGAUACCUGCCGUUUCCAUUCAAAAACAGAAGUUGUGAAGGAUUUCAGUCACCCGCCAUAUAGAAAUUGUACAACGGGAACGAAAAUAACUUAUAAUUAUUGCUCGGGCGGAUGUGGUGACAGCAGCCACUUCCCUAACGGUUUUGGAGUGAAUGAAUGUAAAUGCUGUACAUCUGAAAAGGUUCGACAGAGAUUGAUCAAUAUAACAUGCAAAAGGCUUAAUUCUGAUUACGAGGAUAUCGCCACAACUAUGACAAUAAGUGAGCCCACAUCAUGCCAUUGUAACGUAUCACCGUGUCAACCCCCUUCCUAAUCACAAGACCGGUGUCGUAAGAGAGAUAAAUGACAGAUAUUGAAACAAUAGGGUUAAAAAAAUUCAGUUGAAAUUGAUUGAUCUAAUUUAUAGAAUAAUAAACAAAUAAAGCGCAUUCAACAAUCA